AUGGCGCCCUCCGCGAAGGCGCAGUGGAGUUCUUCUGGAAGAGGAGACCUGGAAAUUAUGAAAAAGGUGGGAGCCAACGCAGUACGUCUUUAUGGGAACGAUCCUCGCGAGGACCAUAAGCCUUUCCUUGACGAAGCAGCAAAGCAAGGAUUGGAGGUUAUUCCUGGGAUGAGCGAUUAUCCCUACACUCAGAUGCCCAAGAACUGCAUGACCACGGACUUCAAUUGCUACUCCCAGAUUAAGGAGCAGUACAAGAGCAACCUGCAGAAUGGCUUUGUGGACAAAGACGGUUCCUAUCAUCCAGCUCUGAAGACAGUGAUUGUGAUCAAUGAGCCUGAUCUCAAGAUCCCUGGUAUCUCGCAGCCAUCAAAGUUUUGCAGGGCCAUCAUCAGCGCCAUCGAUGGGAUGAUUGAUGCAGAGAAGGAAGUGGGCGUGAAGUCUAACUUCGUGAACUUCACUGCCACCUUCUCCUUUGGCAUCUGCACGGCGUGCGAGGGAAGUCGGAAGCCUGCCCUGGGUCAGAUGAUUCACCUGCACCUCGCGAUGACCCAGCCGGAGGAGGUGGGCUACAAAGCGCAGAACGACCUUGCAGAGGUCUACAGGACCAGGUUCACCAAUAGCUUCAACACCAACAAUCCUGCCACCGACAUGAAGCCUUUGUUCCUCAACGACUAUGAGGAACACUUCAAGAGCACACCAGUCUUCAUUGGCGAGUACCAUUCAACGCACGUGAGCACCAAGAAGGACAUCGAGGAAGUGAUGGACGUUGUCAAGAACAGUUCUUUGGUCGGCAUCAGCUUCUUUGAGUUCCAAGUCCGCUACGACAAGGGUGGCUCGGAGAUGGAUUUUGGGAUGUUUGGGCUUGGCCAACAAAAGAUCACGACGAUGGACUUUUUUGGUGUAGAAUUCCCUGUGUGGUGUUUGAUGAAGAUGCAAGACAAGAAAUCACCAGGGGAAACAGUGGUGGAUGGAUUGGCAUCUGCAUUCCAAGGUGCUGGGAUCAGCGACGAGGAACUUUGUGUGAUUGAUCCAGAAAAGGUGCCGCUUUCGGAGGAUGGCUACCAAUCGAUCCGUUCUCUGAAGAAGAUCGAUAAAAUGGCCGCUUUUGUGUCGCGGGUCGUUCAGCACUUGGGAGGCGUUGUCUCGGAUCAGAAACAAUUGCAGGACUUCGCGCAAAAGUACAUGACGACAGAGGCCAAGGUGUAUGUGCGCAGGCUGUCGCAGCUUGACGCAAGCUUCACAUCCAUGGUGAGUGAACUUAGUCAGCACCCAUCAUGGGUUGACUGGGAUGCAAACGCCGCUUGCAUUGCAGAUCGAGCCUCCGACGAGGGCAGCAUCGGAGAGGCCGUGGGUUAUGUCUGUGGAGAGCUGACCAGCUUCAACUGCACGGACUUGCCCAGUUUCUGCAGUGAGGACCUCUGGAUGAAAGCCGAUUAUGUCUUAAGCUUGUUCUACUUGCGCCAGGUGACGAGCGGUCAGCCCCUGCGUGAUUGCAACUUCAAUGGGGCAGCCAUGUUCACUCCCUCGAAGGUCUACCGUGGCCACGACACUGUUUGCAUCGUCACCAAGGACCCAUCAACCACCGCCCUAUCGGAGGAGGGUUAUCAGACAACUCUAGAAGAACACGACGCUGAGAAGGUGGCCAUCUUUGUUCAACGAGAAGUGGAAGACCUUAAGAUGCAGGUCACAAACUCCUCAGCUCUGAAGUCAUUUGCUGAAAAGCCACCUGCGCACUUCAAAGAUCUCAAGGACCAGCUUUCUCAAAUGCCUUGGGUGUGUGGCGGCCCAUCAGGAAGAAAUUGUCCAAGUCCGAUCAAUCCAUCUGGCGGUGGUGCCUCUGCCUUGGAGAUAGACUCAAAGAAGUCUGGAUGGUCAGCUGCAGAGUGGAAAGACAAGGUUGACACCGUUGGCUCCGGGCAAGCUUUCUUGAGCGAGGAGGAUUCCCUGUGGCGCGAGAAUCGCCAGCUCCGAUGCGAGGUCCAAUCCUGGCAAGAGGAAGCAGCCGCACGGCAGAGGGAGACCACUGAGCUCCGCCUAGAGGUUGCGCAACUUCAAGCAGAGCUGCAUGCCGAGCGGAACACGAGGCAGAUGCUAGCCCAAGCAGAGGCACAGGGAGGUGCUACUUCCUCUUCCAGUGUUUUCAGGGCAGCCAAGGAGAAGAUGCCUUGCGGCCUGGAUAGCGACUGGAUAAGAGCCAAGCGCCUCUCCUCCGCUGCCUGGAUGGAUUCACAACGAGGUGUGGCCCAAUCAGCUGAUCUUGCAAUCAUGGCGACGCGACAUGCUGAAGAAGUGGUGGAGCUUCAAUUGCAGCACUCCAGGGCCUUGCAGGAGAUGCAAAGCCAGGCAGAUGUCUUUCUUGGCCGUGCCAAGUUGGCCGAGGAUGCCUGUACUUUGCUUCAGCGGAAGCAGGUGCGACUCGCCUCCAUGCUGGAUUCACUCUUCAAGGUGCGCCAGGUGGCUUGGCCAUUCUUCCUUUGGCGAAAGGCUGUCUUCAGGGCAACUUGUGCGCAACAAAGCUCUUCUUUGGUUGAAUGUGCAAAGUGGCAGGCACUGCAGCGUGUCCAGUCCUUCCUAAGCAUCAGUGAGCAGACCUUGCUCUGUUUUGCCUUUCAGCUGUGGCUGGCAGAGUGGCACUUUGAAAAAGGCCUCAAAGGGUCAUGCCAGGACUUCGAGGUGCAGCUUCAGGAGCUUUCUGCUCAGCUUCAACGUGCUGAGGGUGCGGUCACGCUGGGGGCAUCACUGACUGCUGUGAGGAGGAUCUUGAAGCCCUGCUUCCGAGCGUGGGAGCGGCUUCUGCAGCAGCAUCGGGUGGAGAAGAUCCUCCAAUGUGGCAGAGACCAGCAGGCUGCUUGGCGGCUGGAAUUCUUGGACAUGAUGUUUCUCCAGAGCGAAGAGGACAACUGUGCAAUGCUGAUGAUCUUGUGUUGGCAAGCCUGGAGCCAAGCUGCCCGUCUUGGAGCAAGGCAAAAAGCAUAUGAUGCUGCAAAGUUGGAACUGCGGAAGGUGCAAAGGCGCUUUCAGAAGUUCCAGAUCAUCGCGGUUGGCGCAUCAGCACAGGUUCAUCUCAUGUUUCUUCUGAGGGCCUCCUUUGUUGGAUGGCGCCAACUUCAAUGCCUUCAGCUCGCAACACUUUUGCGAGAGGAUUCGAGGAAUCUCCACUUCUCACUAGCACACCUGUGCCACAGCAGGGACUUCACUGUGAAUAGCAUUGCAAGAAGGGCCAAUGAAAAUGCCGUGUUCUUCUGCCUGGCCUUGGCAUGGACCAUCUGGAAGCGGAGCAGCUUAGAAGCUGCCAUGAUCCAGGACUUUGACGCCGUGCGAACCUUGCUGCUGCAGCUGCAGGACUGGCCCGUCAUCGAUGGCAGCGACUCUGUGGCUCAAGAUGGCGCUGUCGCGACGCGGCGCCCAUGGAUGGGCCGUCAGCGAUGGAUAGGACUCCUUUGCCAAGCAGUUUGGUGCCUCCUGAAACUCACCGAUGCCAAGGAGACCACUUUGGCUCCACUGGCAUGUGUGCUGCGAGUGGGGAACUCCAGCGAAGAGCUUCAUGCCUUCAAUGCCGCGGCCAGGACGUGGGGAGUGAAGUGCCGCUGGUUCUUGGGCUUGGCUUCGACACCUUCCGUCGGCGAUAGCGCGCGCAGGCUCGUGAAUGGAAGCAAAGCUCGAGUUCUACAUGCACAGCCGGGUCCAGUUGCCCUGGAGGUGCUUUUGCAUGCUUAUCGACAUCCUCGUGCUUUUCCCGGUGGCGCCCCUCAGCUCGCAUGUGGCUUUGCAGAUACGUUCUUGUUUCCCGUGCUGGAAAACUUGAUGCCCCACUUUGCGAAGGUCAGACGAGAGCUGUAUUUCUCGGCAAUUUGCGGAUCGCGCAUUCUGUGCCAAACUGUCACAACCAGUGCCGCCCUGGCAACUUUGCCGCUGUCCGCAGCUUUGGCAACCAUACAGGAACAAGCAAUGCGGCUUCCUUUGUGUGGCCAACGUGCAGAACAGGCCUGUGCCGGAGGUCUCGGCAGGCCACAGUAUCCAAGUGUACUUCAUGUAAGAGGGGCGAGUGGACAUUACAGCUGGUUUGCGCAUCUUUAUUUGGCUUGGCCAACUUCUCCAAAGCAGUGCAGGACUGAUUCUCCAAUUGCAGCCCGUGGCUAUGCUCCUCCCGGCAAGGGCAAGCCUUUCAGAGUUGCUGUACUCAUGGGAUCCUUGCUGAGAUCUCCAGCAUCUUCCAUUUUGCUCCUAGGGCGACUCUUCGUUGAGGAGGUGUACUAUCAAGUUUUUGUGUACACUGCACCCAUCGCCAAGACACAGGCUUGCGCCGAUGUCGUGGACGUUCUGACGGGCGACUAUAUUUCUGCCAAAUUGAAGAUCGCCUCCGCCAACGACACGCUGGCAGAGCAGCAGUUCCAUUCCAUUGUGGGUGCAGCGCAUAUGCGCCAGUGGUACAAAUAUCGAGCAGCCUACGCCAUGAUGGAGGAGCAAGAACGAGGUCAAGGUUGGAAGUAUGACCUUGCACCUCGUGCAAAGAAACGGUCUGUCCGGUAUGAACAAGGCAAAGCCUGUCUUGAUCGCCCCAACAUGGUUCAUUGACAGUAAACCACACCGGGCU